CAACCCUCUUUUCUUCUCCCCAGAUGAUGAGAAGGCUGUCGAGCGCGCUGCUCUCCGCCGUGCGUUUGUUUGCCUCACAGCCACAAAGUGCCCAAAGCACCGAUCUGUUCCGAGCCCAACCAAGCCGAGCCGACCCACGGCGUGCGUCUGCGCCCCACACGCCGCCUCCACCACCACCACUCCACCCUCGCCGUCUCCGACCGCCGUUCUGUGGCAAUGGAGCCGUAACCAACCUCAGUGUGCUUUAACUGAGCCGAGCGUGUAAAACAGCGACGGAUCCAGCGGAGACCAAGCGGCUAUGGAGGAGAAGCGCAGCCAGGCUGGAGUCUAGACUGCACGCAAAUCAACACACCCGGAUUACUUUUUGCAACAUUUUUUUGAACUCUAAUAUCACUAUUUGAACAGGGAUUUCCUUUUAUUUUUUUUCGUCCGAUAAUAUUAUUCUAUCAUUGCACGGCGAGGAUGCAGGGGAAGGAGGCGAGCUUUUGCACGGGAUGCUGGAGACUAACGCUGCUGUCGUGCGUCCUGGCACUGUACUUGAUCCCGCUGGCUGUCCACGGGAAUGCUGUUGGGACCAAUGCCACUGAGCUGGACAGUGCGGCCAAUGUUACCUCCCUGCUCAGCGAGGAGGAGGGGCCUGUUAAGGUCAACGAGGCUGUCCUCGCAGUAACCGGGAUGAGCAGCUCGGCCAGCCCAGACACUGUGACCCCGAGGGCUGGCCGGAUCCCCCGUGCCGGCGAGGAAGACGAGCAGAGCAGCGGCAUGUUUGCUGAAACGUCGGUCCCUGCGUUGGAAGAAGUGAGCGUGGCAGCCCCGCCCCAGAUCAGCCCUGAUUCGGCUGAGACGGAGCACCUGCUGCCUAGCAACCCACGCGGACAGGACGUCUUGGAAAGCGAGGAGGAGGAGGAGAAGGAGGAGGAGGAUGAGGAGCGUCUGCCAAACACCGACCCGCCUUGGAUCCACGCCAAGGACACAGCCGUGUUUGACCUGGAUCACCUCUUCACCACCACCACCGCCCAGCCUUCGGCCCCCACCAAGCCCACCAUUCCCUCCAACCCUGACGUCCUCCAUGUGGACUUCUUCGACCCCUCCUCUCGUGGACGCGGCCUCGACCUGGCCCCGCCGUCUCCAUCAUCACUGGCCCAUGAGCUGCAGGGAGGCGACCCAACCUCCUGGGCGAUGCCAGACAACUACGACUACCUCACCCCCUACGAGGAUGGCGUGUCCCCCACUGCUGAUGAGUACACCUACAGCACCACGACCGACACCUACGAGAGCGACGACGACCUCCGCCUCAAGUCCCGAGUGCCAGUGUCUGGCUCCUUCAUCCCUGGGGCCGCACGUCCUGGCGUGGGAGCUCCGGUACCAAACGUCCCUGCGGCGGCUCCUCCAGCGGCCUCACCGGUGGACGGGUCAGACGGGAUGGGUGGAUGCCGUGUGGGCUACCAGAUGGUGAACGGAAGUUGCCGCUCACCCUGCGACAUGCAGCCCAACUACUGCUUCAACGGGGGACAGUGUUACCUGCUGGAGGGAAUGGGAGUCUUCUGCAGAUGUAACGUCCAGGAUUACAUCUGGCACAAGGGUGCUCGCUGCGACUCGGUGGUGACCGAGUUCCAGGUGAUGUGUCUGGCCGUGGGCGCCUCGGCUCUGGUGGUCCUGCUGCUCUUCAUGAUCAUCGUCUGCUUCGCCAAGAAGCUCCACGUGCUCAAGACGGAGAACAAGAAGCUGCGCAAGCGCAGCAGUAAGUACCGGCCUUCAUCGGAGCAGCACAAUGAUAAUUUCUCGCUGUCCACCAUCGCUGAGGGCUCCCACCCAAAUGUAAGGAAACUGUGCGACACCCCUCCUAACGUCCCUCAUGCCCGUGCAUUGGCUUACUAUGAUAACAUUAUCUGUCAGAAAACCAUGAGCAGAUACACCUGGGAGUGUAAGACCAAAGAGGAGUCCGACUGUGAGUUUCACGCUGACGGGAGGACAGAGGGCCCCUAUCCCGUAACCAUGGAAGUGACGUAUCCACACGUCCUGCCCGAAGUUACUAUCUAGGCCAACAGCCAGCGGAACAAGCUUGAGGACCCGGUGAAGGCCCCGCCCAAGGAGGACGACUCCCUCAACAUCCACAACUCUCUGACCCCCAAACACGAGAACCACAAGGUCCUGGGCGAGGAGAACUCCUCGGAGGUAAACUCACUGCAGAACAACAUGAUGUGAAAACAAAACAAAAACAAAACCACCACCCCAGCAACCUGACAACACGACACCGACAAACGCCAAGGUGCCCCGGCAACGGGAGCCUCCGAAUCCCCCACUGCUCUCCGUCCGCCCGCUGCCGAGUGCGCCUAACCGGUCAACCAACCAACCAACCAACCAACCAGCCUGUCAACGUACCAGCCAGCCAAACCCAGUCUGCAACUGUCUCCAACACGGCAACACUGCCACCAAGCGGCCCGGGCCGCUGCAAAAAAAACGUACAACACCACCACCACCGCCGCCGCCGCCACUGCCCCUGCUGAAAGUAAAACCCCCUCCCACAAACCUCACCCUGCCGCCGCCCUGCAACCCCCCCUUACACUCCCCCUGUUUUGCUGACCCGCCCCCAUUGUUGCUGUCACUCUACUCUCCCUUAUCUCUUACCUGCGCACACACACACACACACACACACACACACACACACACAUAUGCAGACACACACACAGUGAAAAGAUGAAAACAUAAACAUGCUUAUAUGUAUACACACACACACACACACACACCUUCCCCUGCCUGCAUUGGUGUAUUUUGUAAAAAGAAAUAAAUCAUACAGAAAUUUAAAACGUACGUAAUAAGUCAUUGUAAAAAAAAAAAAAAUAGUUAAGAUAAAGCUACUGAGAGGUUUUGAUGUUUGUCUGACUAAUCCAGUGAGUGUGUAUAAAUAUUGGAGAAAACUAAAAUUGCUUGGAUUGAUUUAAAAAGAAGCAACACAAUGUGUCUUGGUUUUCAUUGAUGUGAUUUCUAAUCCUUUGAUGUACUUGUUUUUUGUUUUAUUUUGUACUUUUUUGGGACUUCGAACUGAGAAUAAACCAACAAGAUUCAGACAGUUGUUGAAAUAAAUCUUUUUAACAUGA